AUUAUUCAUAUCUGGAUGGCGAUGUGUAUGCAAUGUUCCCAGGUCAUACCAAGUAAAUAUUUUGUGUUUGAUGAAGUAAAUGCAUGCAUGUAUUUAUGCUCUAUCCUGUAUUAGAGAGAAAUAAGUUGACAAAAAGUUGUGCAAUUAGAAGCAUUGCCAGGACAUCUGUGGAAAGAUAAUCUUCUUGUCUCCCUUGUGAUAUAAUGAUAGCAUGCUCACUGUGAAUAGGAAGCUUACAUCAUAGGAUAGAAUAUAUUGUACACUCAAUAAAGGAAACGAUUAAAAUAAACUUCUUGUCUCCCAUAAUUCAUUCGCUAUAUAUUGUGUAGAUGCCAACCCCUAAAACUCAAAACUCCAGAGUUCAGAAUAUACAACACAAUAUCCCAUACCCUCCUAUCCUACCCCUCAGUUUUCUGAAAAAGGAAAAUGGCAGUUACUGAAACAAGCACAAAAAGCUCUCUUCACACUCGAUGCAACAGCUUGCCCUCCACACCUAACCCACUCAUAUCACAAUGUGAGGAGCAUAUGCAAAGAUUGCAGGACUCUGCAGCCAUUUCUUCAAUAUCAUCAUCAUCUUCACUAAGCCACAAACUUAACGGAUUGUUGGAUUUGCAUGACUGCACUUAUAAGUUGCUUCAAGUGCCAAUUAAACAACAAGCCUUGGCACGAGAGUGCAGUGACAAAUGCGUUGAUGACAUUCUAGAAGUGUCUCUGAGGCUCUUGGAUAUCUGCAGUACAGCUAAGGAGUGCCAAUUGAUAUCAAAGGAAAGCAUGCAGGAACUUCACUCUGUCAUCCAAAGAAGGAAAGGUGAUGAAACUGUUUUCACAAAAGUGGGUGGAAAAUACUUGGCUUCCAGGAACAAGUUGAAGAAGACAAUGAAAGCCAUAAAAAGUGAGUUUUACACUUUGUCCAUGCUUAGUGUUUUAACCGAAGCAGAAGAGGUCACAUUGAGGUCAUUAGAAUCUUUGUUGUUGUUUAUCGGUGACCCCAAGGGACAACCAAAGCAGAGCAGAUGGUCAGCAAUCUCAAAACUGAUGCAGCCUAAAAGAGUGGCUUGUGACUCUCAAGAAUCACACACAAAUGAAUUUGACAAGGUGGAUGAAGUUUUGUACUCUUUCCUCAGUCACAAGCCUUCAUCUAUUGAGUAUCUUCUAAGCCGUAUUGAAAAUUUGGAGAUGUGCAUUCAGGAUCUAGAAAUAGGAGUUGAGCACCUCACAAGAAAACUAAUUAGGAACAGAGUUUCCCUUCUCAACAUAUUCAAUCACUAAUCAUAGAGCAACUCACAAGACAUAGGAGUUGAGCACCUAACAAGAAAACUAAUUAGGAACAGAGUUUUCCUUCUCAACAUCUUCAAUCACUAAUCAUAGAGCAUCUCUAUGAUUUUUGUGAACUCAAUUUUGACCCAUGAGUAUUGUCUCCCAAUUGUACAUUAAUGUAAAUUAUUUUUUGUUCUUACUGCAGAACAAUUACUUAAUGAAUAGAUUACAGAUAUUUAAUCUUUACUCUUUUUCCCUAUUCUUGAGUAUACCCCAAAUCUCAUCUUUCAAUUCCCUUUAUUCUUUUAAAU